CAAAGUUCCCUCUCGCACGUCGGUAUUAUCGCACGCCUCAGUCUGUCGGAACCCACGACACGAGUGUAGGUUAACUCGUGUCGAUAAGAAAAAUUACUUAAUCAUUUCGCUUCCACUGAUUAAUCUCUCAAUCCAAUAAUUCAAUUAAUCACAGUAAGUAUUCGCUCGUUAAUAUGUUGGAGGUACUUUGUGAGAUGCCAAAAGUGGGCUACGGUCUUUCCCUGCUCACUGUUGGCUACUUAAUUUAUUAUCUCCGUAAGGCUGUCAAGCCACCGCAGUUGAUUUGUGCCGAGGGCCCAUUUCGUACGUUCAUUGAGGAGAAUGUGGCAAUCAUCCGGAGCAAAUUCUGGCCGACGUUCUGGUGCUACGAGGCGAGAGCACAAACAGUUUUGGCGAGUAUCUUACGGAAAUUGCUUUUACCGCACAUCAAAUACCGGAGGGAAAUACUGACAUUGAAAGACGGAGGAGAGGUUGCACUGGAUUGGGCAGAUCAGGGUUGCUCUCCCACAUCACCGAUUGUCAUUAUCCUGCCUGGAUUGACAGGAUCGAGCCAGACUGAGUACAUAAGGUGUCUUAUCACAGCGGCCAAGAACGUCGGAAUCAGAUGUGUUGUUUCUAAUAAUCGGGGACUGGGUGGGGUUCCGCUCAAGACUCCAAGGCUGUACUGUGCUGCUAAUUAUGAUGAUUUCACCGAAGUUGUGGACCAUAUCAAGAAAACCAAUCCAGGUAUUCCUCUCGGAGCCACUGGAGUAUCAAUGGGCGGAUUAAUUCUAGGGAAUUAUCUGGCUCAACACGGUGCAGCUGCAAGGAAAAAAGUGAAGGCAGCAUUUAUCGUUUCCGUACCAUGGAAUAUAGUAGAAGCAGUUAAGAGCUUCGAGAAACCAUAUCUCAAUUUAAUGUUGAAUAGAUAUCUUGCUGAAAAUCUGUGCCGAAAUAUCAGACGAAUGGAGUCUUCCAGCAAUGUAAUGUUCUCAGAUAUCAACGUCGAGACAGUGUUGAAGAGUAGAACUAUUAAAGAAUUUGAUUCACAUUUCACUGCAAAACACUUUGGUUACAAGGAUGUAGACGAUUAUUACGAGAAUGCAUCACUCCAUAAGAAAUUACACCUCAUUGAAGUUCCCGUUUUGUGUCUGAGUGCCGCAGAUGACCCGAUGCAACCACUUGAAGGUGAAUAUGAGAUAUUCCGCGACAACUCAAGAAUACCGGUGAAAGGAGCUAGUAAAUCUAAAAAUGUUGCUCUUCUGGUGACAGUACGAGGUGGCCACAUUGGAUGGCUCGAGGGAUUCUGGCCACUUGGCGAAGAAAGUUACAUAGGAAAACUUUUUUCCCAAUACUUCGACAGUGUUUUUAAAAAAAUGGACGAGAAUAUUUUUUUAUGAUCUCUCCCCUUUUGAAAAAUAUUCUACGAGAACUUCAUCCGACUUCACUCAGGAUUUAACAUUAUUAGACAAUGCCUAGCUCGUAAAGCUGAAUGAAAAUUGAUAUCAACGAGAAAAUUAAAUCUGACAAUUUAGAGGUUUUAA